AAAAUCUGGAACGGACGUUCGUUCGCUUUUGUUGCUACCGGGGAAUGUUUUCCGAGCGCACCGGAAACAGCGUGGGGUUAUUGAGCAUCAAGAUCUUCUGAACUUAGUGAAUGACCUGACAGCAAAUCUUCAUCAUCAGCAUCAUCCACAGAAAUAAAGAAAAUGUUGAGAAAUGCCUCCGCACAGAUACUUAAACAGUUCGUCCGACACAGGACUACAGACACAAGUCUGAUCUUGGAGAGAUCUAUUAACCGGGUGCAGCUGCUUGGACGAGUAGGACAGGACCCCGUCAUGAGACAGGUGGAGGGCAGAAACCCUGUCACCAUCUUCUCAAUGGCAACAAACGAGAUGUGGCGGUCCGGGGAGGGAGAACCAACAAGUACAGGAGAUGUCAGCCAGAAAACAACAUGGCACAGAAUUUCAGUAUUCAAACCAGGCCUUAGAGACGUGGCGUAUCAGUAUGUGAAGAAAGGGUCUCGGAUUCUUGUUGAAGGAAAGCUUGACUAUGGCGAGUACAUGGAUAAAAACAACGUCAGGCGACAGGCAACAACUAUUAUCGCAGAUAAUAUUGUGUUUUUAAGUGAACAUCUGCGAGACCAGUAAUGAAGACACCUUUCCAGACUUUAGGAACCAAAGGAAGCUAUUUUAUAUAGUAUUACUCUGCUCACUGACAUUAAACUCUGAAUAUCAUUUGUGUCGGACCUUAACAAUCAUACAUGGGCGUAAUGUUGUUUGUGUAAUUGUGUCAUGCUGUCCAAUUUCCGACAGAGGGCGCUGAAAGAAAGCACUUUGACAUGUAAACACACUUUCCAGAGCCAUCAACUGCAUUGGACUCUCUUUGUAUGAGAAGAAAUGCUACAUUUACCCUUUUUGGACUUAAAAGCAUCAUAUUUGAGAUUA